CUUCAUAAUAUUCAUAAUAAAAAAACAUGGGCAAUAAACUCAUCAUAUCCCAGUCGGGUUCGUUCUCUCUGGAUUCAUCUACUUCAUCUCUGCAAGCUUUCUAUCAACAACCACUUGGCCGAAACUUGAGACGAAACUCGACCGAAAUACAAGCAUCUCCUUCAUCUCCAACAAAAAGAACGUCAUCAAAGGGACCACUCAGUGCUGGAUCAACAUCCCUGAAUGAUGUAGUAUUCGAAAGAUCUUCCUCACCAACUACAAACCCUCAGGAUUAUAACAUUUUAUUAGACGAAAGUUCAGAACCUGUAAAGAAGAGAAUGAACGUCAUCAUGUUAGGAACAGGAGGAAGUGCCAAAACCACAGUUUUAAAACAAUUCAAAUUAUUGGGAGGUAAAAGAGAAGAUCUUACACAAUCACUCUGGCAAGAAGGAAUUGUCGUUCCAUGUUUCGAUUUGUUGAUUGCCAUUUUCAAUCGAAAGAAUUUCUAUUAUCCAAAUGCAGAAUAUCAUCACGAAGAAUCUGAUGAAGUUGAACAGCAAGUAUUCGAUCUGUUCGAUCAAAAGAAGAUUCUCAACAUUAUUCAUCCGAAUAAUCAGAAAUUGAUUGAGGAAAUUGCUGAAAUGUGGAACAAUGAACCAAUUUUGAGAAAGGUCUGUACGGAAAUGCUUUUGGAAAAUCAAGUGGAAUCGGUUCCGGUUGAGGAUGUGAAUUAUUAUUUUUCCAGAGCUGUUGCAGUUCAUCGGGGAGAUAAACCAUCGGAUAAGGAUUUGUUAAUUUCACAAAGAAAGACAACUGGUGUUACACAUGUUGAAUUUGCAUUUAAUAAUGGUUCUACUUUGGUUAAUAUUUGGGAUUGUGGUGGUCAGAAAAAUGAAAGAAAGAAGUGGAAAUACAUGUUUACCGAAUCUCAAAAGUUAACAGGAAAGAUCUUUGUCAUUUAUUUCGUAGCUCUUUCAGAAUAUAAUCAAUUGUGCUACGAAGACGAAACCACCAACCGAACUCACGAAUCUUUGAAAAUUUUCGAGAGUGUUGCCAAUAAUCCAGAGUAUGAGAAUUAUCCUCUCUUCCUCAUCUUUACAAAGAAGGACAUUUUCAAACAAAAAUUGAGAUAUACCAGUUUAUCUGUCUGUUUUGAAGAUUGUCCAGAAGAUUUGAAAGCUAACGAAGACACUACCAAGAUAAAGAGAGAUAUCAUUAACAAUUGGACUGGAUUUUUAGAGGAUAGACAAUGUGUCUCUGAUGAAAUUUAUGAAAAAUCAUUUGAUUUUGUCAAGAGAAAAUUUAUGGAGCGAAUUUCCAAUGCCGAUCGCAGAAAACAAACUGAAAAGAAUAUCAAGGUUGUGAAUGCAAUGGAUGCUGAUGAUGUGAGAAGUAAUCUUGUUGAAGAAUUAUUGGAACAAACAAUGGUGGAAGAAAUAUAUAAGGAUGAUUUGGUUCAUUAUCUUUAAAAUUCUCGUCAUUCAAUAAAAGUUAAAUUGUAAU